UGUUUUGAAUAAACGAUGCAAGUUUUCUUUGACAGCGACGUAAUGUUCAAAUUAAUAUUUUGCCUAUUCACUUAUUUCAUACUACAUUGCCUUGUAAAACACUGUGAUUGCGAAAUUUAUACUUACGAAGACUUGGAAUUAAGAAGAAUAUUUCCAAGUGAAUUUCCUCAAGACACUGUAAGGAAAAGUGGCGUUUUGGAACCAGAACACUUAGGACGCUACUUUGAGUUGAGACGCUACUUUAAAUAUCCAAAGUCAAAACUAAAUAGUCACUUUGAAGAAUUAAAUUGUUAUAAUGAAAACGGAGUUAAAGUAUGUAAGGUAGAUGUAAGCCAGUAUUCGCCAGACGAGGAGCAUUACAUGUCAUCAGAUGCAACGAACCACGUGGAUAGGCGUAGAUUCGUUGUCCUCGCUCUCGUAGCUGCCGUGGCUGCUGCUCCUCAAAAUCCCCAAGAUGUUCAAAUUGUUCGUUAUGAUACUAGCAAUGGGGGCCUCGACGGUUACAAUUUCGCUUGGGAAUUAUCCGAUGGAAGUAAGCACGAAGAAGUGGGACAAUUGAAGAACCAAGGAACCGAAAAUGAGGCAAUUGCAGUCCAAGGAAAAUACUCCUGGGUUGGUCCCGAUGGUGUUCUUUAUACCGUAACCUACAUCGCUGAUGAGAAUGGUUUCCAACCUCAAAUUGAACAAGGUCCAGGCGGCGCUGUACCUUCUGCGGUAGUAGCAUCUCUUCUCGGCUAAAACAUUAAAUUUAUGAUGGGAACAUAAAUGUAACUAGGUCAAUACUCAUGAACUGUAUAUAACAUUUAUAUACUG